AUGCUGCGUGUCGCCCUUUUGUUCGGCCUCCUGGCCCUGGGCAGCGCCUUCGAUCUUCAGAGCCACCAUGUGUUUCUAUCUCAGGCCCAGACCGACCCGCGCGGUGCGUUCGACUUCUGGACUAGGGAGCUGAACAAAGCGUACGAUCGUAUCGAGGAGUACGAGCACCGAUUUGCCAUUUGGAUGGACAAUCUGCAGUAUGUGAUUGAGUAUAACGCCGCGCACACCAGCCACUGGCUGGGCAUGGGCACCUGGGCCGACCUGACCCAGGACGAGUAUCGCGUGCGUGCGCUGGGCUUCAGGCCCGACCUGGCGGCGCAGCGGCCGCGGCACGAGGAUGCGCGCCUGUCUGCGACCAACCCCGCCGCGCUGCCGGAGGCGGUGGACUGGCGCAAGCAGGGCGCAGUGUCCGAGGUGAAGAACCAGAAGAUGUGCGGGAGCUGCUGGGCGUUUGCCACCACGGGCGCGAUCGAGGGCAUCUCCGCGAUCGUCACGGGCAAGCUGGACUCGCUGUCGGAGCAGCAGCUGGUGGACUGCGACCGCGAGCGCGACCAUGGCUGCCACGGCGGCCUCAUGGAUUUUGCGUACGAGUACGUGAUCAGGAACGGGGGCCUGGACACCGAGGCCGACUACGGGUACAGGGCGGCGGAGGGGGUGUGCGAUCCGGCGCGCGAGGCUCGCCACGUGGUGACCAUCGACGGGUACGAGGACGUGCCGCGUUUCGACGAGGGCGCGCUGCGCGCCGCGGUGGCGCGCCAGCCGGUGGCGGUGGCCAUCGAGGCCGACCAGCGCCCCUUCCAGCUCUACGCGGGCGGCGUGUUUGACACGCCCUGCGGCACCGCGCUCGACCACGGCGUGCUGGUGGUCGGCUACGGCUCCGAGAACAACGGCACCGCGGACGUGCCGUUCUGGAUCCCCGUGGUCUGCGACCCCACCACCGCCUGCCCCGCCUCCUCCACCUGCUGCUGCAUGCGCGAGUUCUUCGGCUACUGCUUCACCUGGGCCUGCUGCCCUCUGGACGGCGCCAUCUGCUGCGACGACCACCAGCACUGCUGCCCCCAGAACCUGCCGGUCUGCGACACGUUGGCGGGGCGCUGCCUGGCCGCCGCGGGCGUGCUAGAGGGGUCCCAGCCCAUGAUCGACAAGGUGGACGCCACCCGCCACCUGCCAGACACCUCGGGCUGGUGGGAGGCGCUGCGCCCCCGCGCGCAUGCCGCUGCCGCCUGA